CUCCACACGCGGAGAAAUUUCCGAAGCGGAAGAAUCGAAAGGGAAGAGAGAGAGAGGGGGGGGGAGAGAGAGAGGGAGAGAGAGAAGGGAGAGAGAAGCUAUGAUGCGCUGCGCCGCCGCCGCGGCCGCCGUUGCCGUGGCCGUCGCCCUCGCCCUCGUCGCAGCCGUUGCUGGCGCGGCCGCCGCCGCGGGGUCGCCAGGCGCGGGCACAUGCGCCCGGAGGGACGCGCCGCCGUUCCUCGACGCCGUCGGAUCGCGCUGCCCCUUCGUCCGGAUCGAGCCGUCCCCGCCUCUCGAGGUGAGUGGAGAGGCUGUUGAUACAGAGUUGAACCUUCGGCGUAGGGGUGCUUCAUACUCCAUUCUCUUUUACGCUGCAUGGUGUCCAUUUUCAAGCAAAUUCCGACCAAUAUUUCAAGCUCUCAGCACUAUGUACCCUCAGAUACAUCACUUUGCUGUUGAAGAAUCUUCUACUACACCUAGUUUGUUUUCAAGAUAUGGUGUUCGUGGGGUCCCAGCCAUUCUUCUGGUAAAUGAGACUACGAUGGUUCGGUAUCGAGGUUCAAAAGAUCUCAGCUCUCUGGUAGAUUUCUAUAAAGAAACUACAGGUCUAGAUCCUAUUGCGCAUCUUGAUAUUGUGCAGCAAGAGGGAAGAGGAAACUUGAGGUCCAUAAUGCCAUGGGAUCGAUCGCUUCAUGAAAUGGCAAACGAUGAGCCCUUUUUGUUGCUUGCAGUUCUUUUUAUCAUUCUGAAGGUUGCAGCGCACUUCAUACCUGUUGCCAUGUCUCAUUUGAGAGCCUUCUUAGUUGUGCGUGUCCAAAACUUAAACUUGGGGAUCCGUAGGGGUUCAAACCAGCUCUUGGAUCGAGCAUUGAAUGUACUUGAUGUGAGGAGGCUUUGGAGCAAGCUUAGACUGAGCAAUAAGGCAACAGACCUAAGGAAAGGAGCAAGUAACGCCCGAGCUUGGGCAUCCUCGUUUACUUCUGUUUCACUGGGUGAACCGUCGUCUUCAAGGCAAGCUUAGGCUUUUCGGAGGUGUUGUUUGUUAGGGUAGCGGCUCACAUGGUGAGACCAUUUAAUCUUUGUUUCCCAUCCUGCUAUGUGUACCAUGGUUCUCUGUUCUGUGCAGUCAGGAAGUGGGGAAACCUUACAGGCAUGUAAAUUUUGAGGACAUCAUGUGCUGUUGUAUAUUAGGAAUACCUUUGCAUUAGCAUUUGCUAAUGCAAUGCCUAAUCUUUCUGUCCAUUAACUACAGUAAAUUGGCCAUGUAUGAUGAACAUCUUCGUAGUUUCUUUUUUAGGAUUUCUUUCUGUUUGUGGUGCUGUAUUGUAAUUUACACUGUUAUUCUCCAUUAAAGAACUUGGUUUCACUUUGUAAUUC